GCCAGGCAUGGGCACUGUGUGACCAUCUCCCCCUUUCACAACAUCUUUGUGCGUAUACACACGUGCGGGCUUAACACAUCGGUUACAAAGCAAAGGGGGACAUUUUGCUCAGACGGCGUUUGACGAUGGGUGAGAACGUGGAGCGGCUCCUGAUUCAGUUUCAGGAUGAGAAUGGGCAGAUACUGGGCUCCUCCUUUGACGUACCUCUCGACAUCACUCAGGACAAACUGCAGCUGGUCUGCAAUGCCUUGCUGCAGAAGGAGGAGCCGGUGCCAUUGGCGUUCUUCGCUCGUGGUGACACUGAGAUCGUAUCCAGCCUGGGCGCCUGCAUUAAGAAUCUGGGAUGGGAGACGGAGCAGGUGCUGCCGGUGCUGUACCAGCCCCAAGCCGUGUUCCGGGUGCGAGCCGUCACCCGCUGCACCAGCACGCUCCAGGGGCACACCGAAGCCGUCAUCUCCACUGCUUUCAGUCCCACCGGCAAAUAUUUGGCUAGCGGGUCCGGUGACACCACUGUGCGCUUUUGGGACUUGAUGACAGAGACGCCGCAUUACACUGCCAAAGGUCACUCACAUUGGGUUCUGAGCAUCGCCUGGUCACCUGAUGGCAAGAAGCUUGCGUCGGGGUGCAAAAACAGUCAGAUCUUUCUGUGGGAUCCAGUGACAGGCACACAAAUGGGGAAGACCCUGACUGGACACAGCAAGUGGAUCACUUGGCUUUGCUGGGAACCACUUCACCUCAACGCUGAGUGCCGCUACCUAGCGAGCAGCUCCAAAGACGGCUCGGUGCGCAUCUGGGACGUGGUGCUGGGGCGCUGUGACAAGAUCCUGACGGGCCACACGCAGUCGGUCACUUGCGUCAAGUGGGGCGGCGACGGACUGCUAUACACAUCGUCCCAGGACCGGACCGUCAAAGUGUGGCGGGCCAAAGAUGGGGUCCAGUGCAGGACGCUGCAGGGCCACGCCCACUGGGUCAACACGCUGGCUCUCAGCACCGACUACGUGCUAAGGACCGGCGCCUUUGAACCGGCCAACGCCACUGUCAACCCACAGGACCUCAGAGGAUCACUGGAGGAACUUAAGGACAAAGCCUUGCAGAGAUACAACAAUGUUCGGGGUUCCAAUCCGGAGCGCUUGGUGUCAGGCUCGGACGACUUCACUUUGUUCCUGUGGAAUCCCGCCGAGGAGAAGAAGCCUCUCGCCCGAAUGACGGGCCACAGCGCCCUGGUCAACGAGGUGCUCUUCUCCCCGGACACCCGCCUGCUCGCCUCGGCCUCCUUCGACAAGUCCGUCAAAAUCUGGGACGGUCGCACCGGGAAGUACUUGAUGUCCCUCCGUGGCCACGUGGGCUCCGUGUAUCAGGUGGCGUGGUCAUCCGACAGCCGGCUGCUGGUGAGCGGCAGCAGCGACAGCACGCUCAAAGUGUGGGACGUCAAGAGCGGGAAGCUCAACAUGGAUCUUCCGGGACACGCCGAUGAGGUAUUUGCUGUGGAUUGGAGUCCCGACGGACAACGAGUGGCCAGCGGCGGCAAAGACAAAUGCCUCAGAAUAUGGAGAAGGUAACCAAAAUGGCCGCUACCCCGAUUCCAUUCCUGUCAAGAGAUUGGAGAGCUGGAGUAAAGGUGCUUUACAAAAAAAAAAUGUUGUCAUGGCAACUCACCGACACAAGGUCAGAAUAUAAGGGACUUGGGUGGAAUGUGUCGGUGACAGUCGGGGGACUGCUUAUGAUUCCCCCCACGGCCUCAGCGUUUAAUCUCCUUUGUUAAAGCCUCAACCUGCAGAUCUCAGAACUGCAAUCGAUUCACACGUACAUGACCCCCAAUAACUCCCGCUAAUAAACGUACGUCAUAGAUUUUCCAUUUAACACAGCAAUGUUUAUUACACCAUUAAAAGCUCCAUUUAAUACCUGAUGUCAUUUAACAGUCAAAACAUUAAACAGUCACACACACAAAUGGGAGUAAUGUUCUCAUGCAAAACAGGGCUCAUGAUUUUAGUUUGGCAAAUAAAAAAGGGAGGGACUCUGAAGGCAUCCUAUCGAUUGUGUGCGUGAUCGAGCCCCCCCUACCAAGAGUAAAAAACUGUUCAUCUAACUUGAUAGAAAA